AUGGUCCUCUUCCACGCGCCCAAGGGGCGUGGCCAAAAGCAGGCAGCCAAUGGCGUGGCGGCGCUGCGGUCACGUGGGGGGCGGAGCUGGUUAAAAGCGGCGGGGCGGGGCGGGCGCGGCCUCAUUCCGGGCCCGUCCGGCGCCGCUCGGCCCCGCCCCCCCACGCAUGGCGGCGAGGAGGGGAAGUUGUUCGUGGGGGGCCUCAACUACGACACGGACGAGCAGGGCCUGGAGCAGCACUUCAGCUCCUUCGGGCCCAUCUCCGAGGUGGUGGUGGUGAAGGACAGGGAGACCCAGCGCUCGCGCGGCUUCGGCUUCGUCACCUUCAGCAACCCCGAGCACGCCAUCGACGCCAUGCAGGCCAUGAACGGGGAGUGCCUGGACGGGCGGCAGAUCCGCGUGGAUCAUGCCGGGAAAAUCGCCCGGGGGGUCCCGGGGGGGGCUUCGGGGGGCCCCCGGGGCCGGGCCAGGGGCUACGGCCGAGGAGGAGGCGACCGAGGCUACGGCGGGCCGCUACGAGGGGCGCAGCGCGGGGGGGCUACGGGGGGGGCCGGGACUACGGCGGCCGGCAGGGCGGUUACGGCGAGCGCUUCCCGUCGGCCCUCGUACCGCGACAACUACGACAACUGAGGUAGGGACCCCCAAACCGGGGGGACCCCCAAACCGGGGGGGACCCCGAAACUGACCCCAAAACUGACCCCAACACUGACCCCGAAACCGACCCCAAAACCGACCCCAAAACUGACCCCAAAACUGACCCCAAACUGACCCGGGGCACCCCCAAACACCCGGGGGUACCCCCAAACCGGGGGGACCCCCAAACCGGGGGACCCCCCAGACCCUGGGGCUCCCCUAAAACUGGGGGGACCCCCAAACCGGGGGGACCCCAAAACUGACCCGGGGCACCCCAAAACCGGGGGACCCCCAAAACCUGAGGGGGACCCCCAGAACUGACCCGGGGCACCCCUAAAACUGAGGGGCACAACCCCAAAACCAGGGGGGACCCCAGAACUGAUUGGGGCACCCCAAAAUCGUGGGGAACCCCAAAAUGUCCUGGGGCACCCCAAAAUGAUGGGGGACCCUACAAUCAUUGGGGGGGACCCCAAAACUGAUCUGGGGCACCCCGAAAUCGUGGGUGACCCUGAAACUGAUGAUGGAGCCUGAAAUGUUCGGGGGCAACCCCAAAAACUGAGCUGGGGACACCCCAGAAGUGACCAAGGACACCCCAAAACCCACCUGGGACACCCCAAAACGUUCAGGGACACCCCAAAAGUGACUGGGGGUACCCCAAAAGUCCCUGUGACCCCCAGAGCGUUUUUGGGUUUGCGCAAUUCCCUGAGCUCCCCACAAUCGAUUUUGGGGGUUUUAGGGGGUUUCAGAGCCCCCCAAAGUCCAUCUGGGGAGGUUUGGGGUCUCCCCAAUAUUUUUGGGGUCCCCCCCCCCGGAUUUAAAGGUUUGGGGGUUCUCAAAGCCCCAAAAUCCCCAUUUUGAGGAGCUCUCCGCAGGGAUUUUUGGGUUUUUUUGGGGGUUUUUUUGGGGUUUUCUGUGCUUGAGAAAAUUCUGAAUUUUGGGGUGACCUUUGACCCCUCCCCAAUUUAUUUUUGGGGGGUCCCGACCCUUCCAAAAGCCCCCUUUGGGGGGGUCCAGGACGAACCCAAAUGAAUUUUUUUGGGGGGGGGAUGGGAUAUUUUUGGGUUCCCCCCAUUUUGGGGGGGGGGGGGUCCCAGAAUUGCCCGAUUUUUGGGGUGGGGGAGGGGUCCCCCCAGCGCCCCUCCCCCACUGAUCUCCUUCUCGUCCCCAGCUGGAGCCUCGUGCUGGAUUUUGGGGGGGCCCCUCCCCCCCCCCGGGCCGCGGAUGGACGCCGAGGGGGGGAGGGG